GUAUUUAGGGGUUUAAUUGUAAAUAACACAAAAAGGCUUCCAGGUGCACAUAUUGGCUGUAAUUAGCAAUAAUAAACUAAACCAAACCAACUCUGUGAAACAAUUUCCUAAUCGCAAUUUUCCACCAAAACUCGAAACUACAGAAAGAUCAGAUGAAUUACAAUGUGAAUCACAAAUUACAAAGUAUAUCACUUACACUUUGACUAUUCCGUUACACGCAUUUGUAGAAGCGUACGCUGAAAACUACAAGAAAAAAAGAAAGACUCACAAAAAAGUGUCAAAACACCAGCUAAACAGAAGUAAAAGGUCUGUACCAGUGCUUUCCGAGCUCGGGUUGCCCAUCAGCAUCGGUUUGAAGAGAAAGUGACAGGUCUUUGUUGGUGAAUAGAAAUCAGUGGCAUUGGAGAGAGGGAGGACUCCUCCUACCCAAUUACCCAAGCUGGGCAGGCGUUUGCUCUCUUCACAAAUAGGACACAGGAUCUCUAACACACACAGUCCCAAACCUGACUUUCAAGCACUCGGAUCCCCAGUAGGAGAUUGGGACUAUCUGAAAGUAUACGUUUAAAACAUCCUCCAGACUUCAACUUUGCCUUAUAUCGUCCGGACUAUACUUUUUUUCACCAGCCCAACAAGACCGUGGAGAAGUGGACUGGUUCUCCUGCUGUUCCUGUGCCAUCCAUCAAAUCCAACCGGCUUUAUUUUUAUAACAUUGAUUGCAUUUGUGUGAAUUUGUUGGUGUAGAUCCAUUUGGAUGCUUUAAGGAUCCGGAAAGCUGUAUAUGGAAGUUGUGGGUCGCAAGGCGAAAGAAAGCAGUUGCAUAUUGCGUCCAGCAGCCAUGCUUUUCCACGGCAUCUCUGGGGAUCAUAUUCAAGGGAUCAUGGAGGAGAUGGAGAGGAGAUCUAAAACGGAGUCUCGGCUGGCUAAAACCGUUCAGGUGAACGGACGAGAGACAACCAUGCCCUCCAUGAGCCCAGAGAAGCCUGCGCUGUGCGCCGGCUGCGGGGGGAAGAUCUCCGACAGAUACUACUUACUCGCCGUUGAUAAACAGUGGCAUUUAAGGUGUCUCAAGUGUUGUGAAUGUAAACUGGCCCUUGAAUCCGAGCUGACGUGUUUCGCGAAGGAUGGCAGCAUUUACUGCAAAGAGGAUUACUACAGAAGGUUCUCCGUGCAGAGAUGUGCCCGCUGCCACCUCGGCAUCUCCUCGUCGGAAAUGGUGAUGCGCGCCAGGGACUCCGUGUACCAUCUGAGCUGCUUCACCUGCACCACAUGCAACAAAACACUGACCACGGGUGACCAUUUCGGCAUGAAAGACAGCUUGGUUUACUGCCGGGUCCACUUUGAGACGCUUAUUCAGGGAGAGUAUCACCCUCAAUUAAACUACGCUGAAUUAGCGGCCAAAGGCGGAAGGCUCGCGCUGCCUUACUUCAAUGGCACCGGGUCGGUGCAGAAAGGAAGGCCCAGGAAGAGGAAGAGUCAGGCGAUGGGGAUAGAUAUCGGCUCGUACAACUCAGGUUGUAACGAGAACGAUGCAGACCAUUUGGACCGUGAUCAACAGCCCUACCCGCCGUCCCAGAAGACCAAGCGCAUGCGUACAUCAUUCAAACACCAUCAGCUUCGCACCAUGAAGUCCUACUUCGCCAUAAACCACAACCCUGAUGCCAAGGACUUAAAACAGCUCGCCCAAAAGACAGGACUGACCAAAAGAGUUCUUCAGGGAGAACAAAUCUUGGGGCAUUACAGCCAUACUUCACGACGUUUGAAAAUUCCCUAAGUAUUAAAAGAAGCUUUGAUCGGAAUUCUUCACCAUUGAAGACAAAGACAGUAUUAGGAUCAGAUUUUAGAGUGAUUUAAACAACAACAACAACAAAUAUCGACCAAAAAUGUAUUCCAAAAUUUCUUUCUCUAUACCUUCAAAAAAAAAACUGUCCUGACUGUUUAAAAACCAGAGAAUACACAACAAACAGGAUAUUUUUCUUACCACCAAAAUGAGACAGAAAGGCAAAGAAAAAUCAACUGUACAGUACUGUAGAUACAAAACAGAGCAACCUUGCUCCAAGAGGCGACUGCAGGAGACGGGAUCUACGCACGCAUGCAUGUCUACACACACACACACAACCUUGUAAUUCUGCUUGCUGUAAAACAUUCCUGUGCAACAAAUGUCACUUAUUAUGAACACACAGCCUUCCUAAAACCUGGCAGCAAAAUGUCCGACCAACAGAAGCUGGAAAGGAACACCAUAUGGCUGUAUUUAAAAUGAAAACAAGUAAAAACUAAAAUAAUUUGCAUGCACUUCAAGUUGUUUUUUGAUGACAAUUUCAGAUGGAUGUUAUUUUAUAUUGAUGUAUCAUUUGUUGUCUCUUGUAAACUUUAAGGGGUUUUCCUUGUGAAUCCAAAAUCUUAACACAAAACAACAGUGAAAAAAAAACCAAAAAAAAAAAAACCAAGAAAUCAGUAAAAGCAUGCUUGAUUUGACAAUAAAAGCUGGUUAUCCUAGAAAACAAUAUUUUUUUGAGUUCUCUAAUUUUCCUAGUAACACAUUCUUGCACUGUGGUGUUAGUUAAUAAAAUAAAUGAAGGAAAUACUCCCUCAUUUCUAAUUGUAAGUCUGAUGUAGUGGUAAAUGUUUUAAAACAUUAUGUAGAAUUUUUCUUUACUGUAUCCAAAAAGUAUGCUUUAUUAAACUAAGCUUGUGUUAUACUCUGUUAAGUGUUGCGGAAAAAAGCAUCGGGCCACAUGGGGGCCUAGUAAACAUUAAAAUGUUGAAUUCCUGCUAUGCCAGACAUGUCAAUGAAGCUUUGAGCUCCAUCAGUGAUCUACACAUGCUGGAUGACCACAAAAACAGAAUUCCUUUCAGUCUGUGCACAAUUUCUGAGCUUCCUUUGUAAAAAUGUUCAGUCAGGCAAGCUGAAAUGUGCUUUAUGGGGUAACAUCUAAAUCAACCGAGAUGCAUUAGGUCACAUCAAUGGAAGGUACAUUUUCAGAUUUUAUAAGUUUAUAUGGUUAUUAUGCAUUAUAGUCAUUUAAAAAUAUAGAUUCCUCACAUUUAUACGUCACAUUCAGUAGUCGGCUGACUACUGUGACCGCAGGGGAUUCUUGGGAAUCGAGGGACCUUGAGAGUUCAAAAAGAGGCGCUGAUGAGUCACGCUGGAGGAUUUGUUACACACUCGGAGGAGUGGACGGUCACCAUAACCUGAAGCAAACAGGAAGAUGGAUGCCAUCCUCCCCUGCAUGCA